UUAAUCUAAAUGUAUGGAAACCUGACAUUUUACUAUCACACGAACUAUGCAAAAAAAAAACAAGACACGUUUUACUGUUGCUGCAUUCUUUCUUUGAGGAUUUCUUGACAUGAAGUGUUCAAUAGUUAUAUUUGAGUUAUAUAAAUUAUAUUUAAAUUAGAUUCAUCGACGGAAAUUGUUAAAUGCUAAUUUAGCCACGCAAGCGUAAAGACAUGAGAUUAAUUGAGGAAAAUGCACGGACCACUGUAGUAUUGAAGUAGAUCGGCGAAUGUCAAGUUAAUUUACGAACUUGUCGAUAGUGCUUAGUACUCUCAUCUUCCAGGAAACAUUAGGACCAAAGUACAGUGAAAACAUAACGCCUGGACGGUUUUACUGCCUGGAAACAUCAACUUUUCGUAAAAGGAAAACUACAUUUCGUUUAAUUUUAUGCUAACGAUAUGGCAGCAAAGUCAUUUAUCACCAAGGAAAUCGUGAUCUUCACUAUGGUUCUCGUUGCCGUGCUUGGCACGUGCGGGGCGCGCGAGUUCCGCGUUGCGUGGAUGGCCCCCGGUAAUGGGACGGGGCGACAUGUGACCAGCUACAGCAGCGUCAACGCCCUCAAAUUGGGACUCAACUCCGUCGCCGCGAACACGAACAUCAUGAGUGGGCACACCAUUAGUGUGAAGUACUACAGCACGGACUGCAGUGCCCAGCAGACCAUGUCCACAGCCCUACAAGCCCAGCAGACCUACAACCCGGACGUCAUAAUUGGACCCCCCUGCACCGAGGGCCUUCGGACAGUGUCGCAGUUGGCAGCCUACUGGAACCUGCCUGUCUUAUCCUGGCACGUGACCGAUCCGCAAUUUGAUGACAUCACCACAUACCCCACCCUCGUCCGUAUGAAGCCUUCACUCACCAUUAUGGGUGAGAGUCUGAGUCAUGUGUUCCGGAAGCUGGGAUGGCAGUCGUUCGUGCUGCUUCACGGGUCUAUGGAGCCGUGGACCGAGUACGUGGCGGCGGUGCGGGCCGCAAUGGACAAGACCAGCAUCCGCAUGUUCGCGAAACAUCGCAUGAACGCGACCGUCUCUCACAACUCCCUAGUUUCUCUCUUCGGCCAAAUCAAACUCGAUACGAAGGUGAUCGUGUUCGCAUGCUCUCCUGCGGACGUGCGGCAGUACAUGGUGGCGGCCCACGCGGCGGGACUAGCCAACGGCCACUACGCCUUUGUCCAGCUUGACCACCAGGUUUACCCGGAGUCUCAUAUCAUCAACAGUGUGCUGGGCAUGGGUCAGUGGCAGCACGGACACGCAGACGACCAGAUAGCCCGGGAGGCGUAUAACUACCUCAUACACAUCGUCUUGGACCCAAUGAACGAAGACGACACGACGCCGGCCUCGCGCGUGCCCCGGAACCGGCACGAGGAGUUCGCACGGAUGGCGACCACUGUCGCCACCGUCAAGAAACCCGAGUGGCAGCUCCCUGUCGGCGGCAAGGUUGACGCGAGUUCGCUGUACCUGUAUGACUCGGUGUUAGUGUGGGCGGUACUUGUGGACAAGCUGCAGGCAGCCGGAAGUCCCACCAGGGACGGCCUCCUCCUCGCUCAGAGGGCUCAGGCCUUCAUGGCGGACGGCGCCACAGGGUACGUGUCUAUCAACUCGCAGCAUGCUCGGGACGGGAAGACGUUUGUGCUAACAAUGGCGCCUGGCGGCAACUUCGCGCCCGUUCAGCGACUUAAGUUCGCCGGAAACACCGAGUACGCCGUCUUGAAUAUUCGGCCAAUAGACGAUAGAUUCCGCUUCGUUACGAAGAAGUCCAUACCAAAGCCCCCGUCGACUUCACCUUUAAUCACAACCAUAAUGACCACCACUGCAGCAACUACAACCACCUCCACCACUACUACUCCAGCCAGCACGCAACCUCCGCUCAUGCAAUUCCCUAACAAGGUUCCGCCACCGCCUAACGACGCUGUGUCGGUACUCCUGGCGAGGGUUCAAAUGCUGGAACGAAAAAUCAAGAUGCACGAAGCUCAUUCCCAUGACAUCAUACCCAAUCACACACAUACUCCGGCACCGAUUUUACCUCAUACACAUACAAUCCCUUACCACACCAACACGCCUCCCACUGUACAUGAACACCACGUCGCCAGACACAACGGACCAUUUUUUGGUCCACAACAACUCGCUAGCAACAUGAAUCCCCUCAUACCUCAGCAACCUCAAAAUAACUCACCAUUACCUUCAUCACAUUCAGUCGCUUUACAGCAGCAAAGUACUCUUAUUAAUCAACCAGUAAACCAGCCAAUAUCAGUCAUAAACCAGCCUCCACAAUUGGUGAAUCAGCCAAUACUUGCCAUAAACCAGCCCCAACAGCCGGUUAAUCAACAUACACCAAUCAUUCAUCAGCCCCAGCAACCGAUUAAUCAACAUAUACCAGUCAUUCAUCAGCCCCAGCAACCGGUUAAUCAACAUAUACCAGUCAUAUAUCAGCCCCAACAACCGGGUGAUCAACAUGUACCAGUCAUAAGCCAGCACCAACAAUCUGUAAACCAACAUAUACCAUUCAUUCACCAGCCCGAACAACCGGUUAACCAAAAUAUACUAGCCAUACACCAUCCCCAACAACCGGUUCACCAGCUUAGACAAAGCAAACAGCAAUUUCCUAACACAGGAUCACGGAAAAUCCAAUAUGCCCUACAACCGAAUCCUCCAAUAAUGAAUGCAGAUUUCAACAGUGGGCCGAUUCCUCGCAUGGUAGCGAAUCCUCACGUAUUUAACUCGCCUGCACAGCAGUACCCCCAAACCCAGCAAUGGCCGAACAGCCAGCCUCAGCAAAACCAGCAGCAACAACCCCAGAAUCAGCAACACCAGCAGCAACAACCUCAGAAUCAGCUACUCCAGCAGCAACAGCUCCAGAAUCGGCAUAACCAGCAGGAACAGCUCCAGAAUCGGCAUAACCAGCAGGAACAGCUCCAGAAUCGGCAUAACCAGCAGGAACAGCUCCAGAAUCUACAAGUAAGGCAAAACAAACCGACCGAUCUACCAAUCAACCAGGCAAGCACCAGCAUACAAUAUCAGCAGCAACAACAGAAACAGACACAGCAACAGCAGCAUAGGAACAAAACACGGACAAUUACGAUUCAAACGCAAACUCGGCAAAUUUCUCCGCCACAGAAUAAUAAAAAUAACCAGAGAGGGCAAAAACAGCAGCAAAAUGCCAAAGUCAAUAAACAACAUUCGCAAAAACAAAGUCAGCAACAGGUGCCUGGAAGUCAGGUGAACGACGCUUAUCUGGACAAAAUCAGUGCUAGAGUUGUGGAUAGGCUUACAGGGCGAAUUCUAGGUACAGAGAACAGUACUCAAAGUGAGCAAAGAAGGGCAAUCACAGACUUGCUAGCAAACGAAGAGAACCCUGCCAGUUUUUUCCUCGGUCUGACCCUAGCGGAGCAACACGCAAGAAUGAACCAACAGGAAAGACAGUCGCAACAGGGAUCUUCCGAUACAGCCUCCACACAAAGUAUGGGCAUGAAUAAUGACCCUUUCGCUGCGUUCCUUGACCCCUGGGGAUAUAUUUUCGGUAACAACCCUUCAACAACGGACCCUUGGGCUAGCGGGCCUGGUCCGUGGUGGGGCGAGGCUUAACGGUGAUAUAAUUCGCGAAGCAAAUAGUACAGUUGACUAUGUCUACUGCUGUGAUGCACGACUUGCAUAAUAAUGACAGGGAUAUUUAUUGAACAUUUGAGGCUGGUGUUUCAGACACGGUUGUGAUGCGUAUUUUACACUAUUUGACCAGGUGGAAUGUUCACGUUGGUCUAUGAA